GCGAGCUGCCCCCAUUGUUGGCCUAGAAUUUAAGAAUUUAAAUCCAGGACAAGCAUGCGCGCGACACGCACUUAAUUAGCACACGCAGCGGCAACCUCCAAGCGCUUAAUUAGCACGCGCAGCGCAGCGUAGGGGAGAGAGAGGAGGUGGAUGGGCACCCGACGCGUUCCUCCGGCAGCCGGAGCCAUGGUUCGUCUCACUGGUCAUCCUCGGCGCCAUCUACGCCGCCGUGGUCGCGUACCGCCUCUUCCACAUCUCCGGCCAGCCCAAGGACCUCCGCCGCCGCUACGGGGCGUGGGCCGUCGUGACCGGCCCGACGUCCGGCAUCGGCCGCUCGAUGGCGCUGGAGCUCGCGCAGCGCGGCCUCAACCUCGUGCCAGUCGGCCGCGACCCCGCCAUGCUCCAGGACAUCUCCGAGACCGUCUCCCGAACGCACGGCGUGCUGGCCAAGACCGUGCAGUUCGACUUCUCCCUCGUCUCCACUCCUCGAGGGGAUGAGGCGAUGGGGCGGCUCCGGGAGGCGGUGGCAGGGCUGGACGUCGGAGUCCUGGUGAACAACGCCGGGGUGGCCAAGCCGGGCGUGGUGUACCUGCACGAGGUCGACGCGGAGGGAGUUAUUUCUCCAAAACCACCACAUUAUGGGCUAGGGUAACAGAUCGGUACCUUAUUUGAGGCAGGGCACAGAAAACCAUCAGAAUUACGCCUAAUACGUAACGCGGAGCACUGAUUGUCCGAUUUACUUGCGAAGACAGCGAAACCGACAAGUUGGCCCCAACUGUCGGGCUGACAUGGCGUGCCUAUGUGGAUAAUUUGCUGAGGUGGCAAAAGGGUCCCACUUGUCAAUGACUCUUUAUCCUUUUUCACCUUUCCUUUUUAUUUCUCAUGGGCAUUUCAGCAAACACGCUAUGGGUGUGUCAUGAGCGGCGCAACGACCAGGCAAGGCCGCGUGGGCGGCGCACCGGGGAGCAGGCCGAGGCAGUUGCGGCGAGGAGAAGCUCGGGCGGCGCUGAAAAGAGGACGACAGUGGGCUCGGGCGGAGAGGACGCCGCAGACUGGCCGCUGCGGUCGGGCAUCCCCGUCGCCUAUACAGCUCGGCGGCCCACUCUGGCUACCCUGCUCCGUCGACGAGAUCCUCCGCCUGCGCGCGCUCGUCGACCGGGAGACGGCGCACUCACACUCCUACUCCUACUCGCACCGUGUGCACGUGCAGGCCGGCGGCCACCAGCAGCACGGCUACUCCUUCGCCCCGUGCACCCGUGCCAAAAUCACCUCCUGAUUGCACGGGGUCGACCUCACCUGCCCGGACUGCGGCGGCGGGUUCCUCGAGGAGAUGAGGAGGACUCCACCAGCCCCCGCCUACCUCCGCCGCCCGCGCGCACCACACCAACGACGUGCGCCUCCGUCACAGUCGCCGUGCCGCAGCUGCCUCUAUCGAAAGUGGGGGAGGGGGCGACCGCGGCCUUUCAACCCGGUCAUCGUGCUCCGACGCUCGGCGCAGCAGCGGGGGACGAGAACGGCGGCGGCGGGGCGGAUCCUCGUCGGAACCAGGCGAGACGGAUGACAGGUAGCUGGAAGUGCGGCUAGAGAACAGAUGGCAGGUAGCUGAGCGGCGGGGAGGCUCGCCGGUGAUGGCUCGUCGGGCUAAGGCUCCGGCGGCGGCACGAGUACGGCUGGCCGUGGUUGCGGUAUGUGGGAAAGAAGAAGGCUUGGAGGGAGAGAGAGAGGGGAAUAAGAGAGAGGCCGACAGGUGGGC